AGAUCGAGGCCGAUUGACGUCAAUCGCUGUUUGUGAUUGGUCAUAACCUUUUCCGGUGAGGCAUCCAUCCAUCCAAGGACUGUGAGAAAACCAGUGUAACAGAUUUAAACAGCGUCGACUAACUCAUCGAAACGACUCGGGUCAGCAGGUCACCAUGGCGUCCAGCAGUACGAGCAGUGAAGAAGAGAGGAGCUUGCGAGAGUGUGAGCGCUAUGUGCAGAAGCACAACAUCCAGCAGCUAUUGAAGGACUGCAUUGUGCAGCUGUGCACCUCCAGGCCCGACAGGCCCAUGGCUUUCCUCAGAGACUACUUUGAGAGGCUUGAGAAGGAGGAAGCUAAACAGAUGGUUAGCCAGCAGAAGUCGAGCUCUCGUUCGGAUUCCCGCGAAGAUGAGGUCUCUCCUCCCAUGAACCCCGUGGUUAAGGGACGACGCCGCCGUGGUGCCAUCAGUGCCGAGGUCUACACUGAAGAAGAUGCAGCUUCCUAUGUUAGAAAGGUCAUUCCUAAAGACUAUAAAACUAUGGCUGCCCUUGCAAAAGCAAUUGAGAAGAAUGUGCUUUUUGCCCAUCUUGAUGACAAUGAAAGAAGUGACAUAUUUGACGCCAUGUUCUCAGUCACCUACAUUGCAGGAGAGACUGUCAUUCAACAAGGGGAUGAGGGUGACAACUUUUACGUUAUUGACCAAGGUGAAAUGGAUGUUUAUGUUAACAAUGAGUGGGUAACCAGUAUUGGAGAGGGUGGCAGUUUUGGUGAGCUGGCAUUAAUCUACGGCACUCCCAGGGCAGCCACUGUCCGAGCAAAGACCAAUGUCAAGCUUUGGGGAAUUGACAGAGACAGCUACAGGAGAAUACUCAUGGGAAGUACUCUGAGAAAAAGAAAAAUGUAUGAAGAAUUCCUUAGCAAGGUCUCGAUUUUGGAGUCUCUGGAUAAAUGGGAACGGUUGACUGUCGCUGACGCCCUUGAGACGGUCCAGUUUGAAGAUGGUCAGAAGAUUGUUGUUCAGGGUCAACCAGGGGAUGAGUUUUUCAUUAUCCUAGAGGGUUCUGCUGCAGUCUUGCAGCGACGGUCAGAGAAUGAAGAAUUUGUGGAAGUCGGAAGACUCGCACCGUCUGACUACUUUGGUGAGAUUGCCCUGCUCAUGAACCGGCCUCGUGCUGCCACCGUGGUCGCCCGUGGUCCACUGAAGUGUGUAAAACUUGACCGCCCCCGGUUCGAACGCGUGCUCGGUCCCUGUUCAGAUAUCCUGAAGAGAAACAUACAGCAGUACAACAGCUUCGUGUCUCUGUCGGUCUGAGAUGCUCCAGGCUCUUUCCUCUUCUAUUGCAGGGUCCACCGAUGCAAAUCCGCUUUAUUUUCUUACUUUUUCUUUAUGCAUUUUUCAACACCCAGGUGCCCAUUCACUUCAGUGUUCCCUCCCUGUCUGUUUUCUGAUUCGUGCUGUACCCGGUCGCGUUUGUAUCCAUCGUAGAUCUACCAUGAGGCUGAUUGUUAGAUUCGCCUGAGAAACGAGCCAAUCAAUGUGCCACAGUUGCCUGUGACGUGAACAGUUGUUGAAAUAACAAGUCCAUCAAGAUUUUUUCUGGCCUCCUAAUUUCUUAGUUUCUCUGUAACAGUGUUUAGAUUGGAAGGGUGACAGUGGCAAGAAGAAUGACAGUCGCGUAGUGUUUCUACACAGUAUAUAAUGGUGUAUCUUUAUUGAGCCAUUGAAGAGUUUCAGAUUUAGUUUUCCCUCAUUCAUUCAAGCGUUUGAAUAUAGGGAAGCCAAAGGCAAAUCCACGUGUUACUUUGUUUUCUUGAGGGUACUGAAGUUAAAUGUCACCGUGUUUAUUAUGGUGAUCAGCUUUGCUCUUAUUGUUAUAGCUGCACAUAUAUAGUGUAUGUAAAUGAUUAUAUAUUAGAAGUAAAUGACCAUAACCAUAUUUUUUUGCACAGUUUGAUAUCUAUCUCUCUCUCUCUCUAUAUAUAUAUAAGAACACUUUAUAUGCGCCUGCUAUUUUUCAUUGUGGCAUUUUAUCCCAUUGCAUUUGGGAAGCUUUUUUCAUACUCUUCUGUUCUUCCAUCGUUCUUCAUGCUACAAACACGACUUGUACUGAACUUACGUAGAGCACACCAGGAUUAGUCAAAUCUCAUUUUGAAGUUAAACUUUUCACGUUUCCUGCAUUUCGGUUGCUUUCUUCUACAAAUAUACUUUUAUUUGUGUUGUUUUUUUCACCACACAGAAAUUGUAUUUUCAUUUAUUCAUUACUGUAUUAUUUCAAAAAGAAGAUGGAUGUUGGCACAGAAAUGUUGAGGUUAAGGUUGCAAUUUAGGUUUAAGAUCGGGAGCGUUACAGAAGUGUGAUAGCUGUGGUUAAUGGAGUAUCUUUAAUACUCCGCUGUUAAAUUUAAGCGGGUGAAGCUUUGUGAUACACUGACUAUGUGAACACAACAGAAAGUUGCUACUUCAUGACCUGCUUGGUGGCCAAGAUUUUUUUUUAAAGCUUUUACUAUUUGCUUUUCUCUGUCUGUGGAAGUGUAUGUGAACUAUAACGAAAUCCCAAAUGGGCAUCUCUUUUUCUCAUACACUUUUUAAACCAAAAUUAACAUAACCACAUUCAUUUUUUCAAGUGAGCUGUGUCCUUUUUUGUUUGCAGAUUUACAUUAUUGAUUCUACCCGUAGUUAAAAGAAGGUUUAAAACAGGGACAGUAUUUACAGUUUCAUUUGAUGGUUUCUCUAUCCCGUUAGAGUCGGAAUCCAUACAAUGCUAUUAAAAAAGAUUUUUGAUACAGUAUUGCCACCACCCAAAUCAUUCAUCAGAUAUUAUUCUUUAUGUAGGGUUCUUUCAGAUGUGUUGCAGAAUUUUACUGAGUGAUAAUAUAUAUAUAUAUAGUGUUAACCAUUGCUAAAAUUAGAUUUUAAUUGUUGUCACACAGAGAUACUCCUGUAUUAUUUUAAAGUUUUUUUUCCAACACAUCUUUGAUUUAUGUAAGUUACACCAGACUCACUUUAUUGUAAGAGGUUAUGUAAAAUUGAAAUGUGCCUGUUUCUGUACAUUCAAAGGCAGUUGUCCCUCUAGUAUAUUCUCUACAUGUUUUAUCAGCUUGAAAUGGGUAUUAUAUGUAAAAAUACAAUAUUUAAUUUGAUCUUUAUAUGGUCCCUUUAACAGUAUAUUUGAUGAGUACAUUUUGUGAGAUAUAUUAGACUCAAAUCUUUAUUAAUUGAGAGUUUGCACAGAACUGUCCCAAAAUUGCUAUUGGAUUAAAUAGGUGGGCUGGCCUUUAUUAAGUGUUUUUCUUCAGAAUGAGAAUUUUGCUGUCAUGCUCAUUUGCAGAUUUCUCCCCCUAAAUGACUUUAUUAGAUUUUAAAAAUCAAUAAAAUCUCGGUGCUUUAGUUGAAAUUUUCCAGAUGUCUUCUAGCCUUUAAAACAACUGUUCCACUGUAUUUUGAAUAAUUUGUUUAUGCCUUAUAAUAUGGAUAAAUAAAUGACCAUGUCUAAAUUAUAGUGUUUAUGAGCUAAGUUUCUACUGUGACACCCUUUGUUGCCGAUAAAAUUGCAGUAGUGCACUUAUUAGUGCUCAUACGCUGUUCAUUUACUUUUUUUUAUGCAUAUUUGAAGCGCAGGAUUGUUGUUGCAUUUGUACACAACAAUAAAGGAACCAUAAAUCUUUUUCCACCAGCUUAUGUUACAUGCAUCAUUAAACUAUUUGUGGUUCUUCCUCUUGUUCAGUGAAUAAAUUAAGUGAUUCUGUACUGCUACAAAUAAAAUUUCUGCUUAUUUUAUUAUCUUAGCCCUGUAUCUUAAAGGACAUUCAACUGUACAAUGAAAAUGUAUUUGAUCUACCCCAACCACCUUUUUUGUAAUGCUUUUCAUUACCUGCUCGUGACUGCCAAUGGUGUUUUUGAGUUUACCGUAAAAUUCUGUUAUUAAAGUAUGUAUAAAUGAAUUGAUAUAUUUGGUUGUAGGCUUUGUUUUCAGGGCUUGUAGAUUUCUGUCCACUUGUUCCUCAGCUAUUCAGUUUGAAACCCUCAGCACAGAGAGUUGUAAAUGUCAGAGGACCAUUUUUCUGUUAUUCUUUUUCUAUACGGUUUGAUUUCAUUGGAUGUGCUCAAAUUAGUUGUAACUCUUUUGGUAUAGAUUGUCCCAAUGGCAGGUCAAGCAAUAAAAUGAUUAAUUCUUGAAUA